AUGAGGUUAUCACGAUGGACAACGCGACUGGCAAUACUGGGGACCACAGAAAUGGUUUUCGCCCUGAGCCCAACUCCGACUUCAACUGACACCAAGGCUAUGGUUCCCACCGCCGCCUACGUGCUAGGCGGUGCGCCGUUGCAAUUAUUUAGACGUCAAGAUUGCCCGGCUGGCACAUCCAAAUGUUCGGAUUCACUAGGCGCGACAUUUGAUGGAAUAUGUUGCGCCACGGGACAAGUGUGCGAACUGGACGAUAAUAACCGGCCAGCUUGCUGUCCCUCUGGAGCUGUUUGUACCGGCACGGCUCCGACGACAGUACCGACUGCUACGGCAGUUUCAUACGUCCCCAAUGCCUACUUCCCAUUCCCAUACAUAGCGACAUCGCUCGAUCGCGGCGAGUGUUCAUCGGCCCUCAGCCAAUGUUCCCGAAAUUACCAAAGUUGCGUCACUCAAUUAGACGGCAAUGCGGGCUUCGGCGUUACUGUGAUUGUUCCUGGCGGGGGUGGAACCACCGUCGCCGCAACCCGGCCGGACGUUGGAACAUCGGCAACACCUAUAUGUUCCAGUCUUAGCUCCCAAGCAUGCUACGGCUUGAACAAUGACCAGUGUGCUCAAUCAACCACGGUGAAUGGCGUCGUCAUCAACGCCGCAGCACGUCCGACAGCGGCAUGCGUGGCCAAACUCGCGGCGGGCUUAGGGAUCGCCGUGUUCGGUGCCAUGCGAUGA